AUGACAGACGUAACAGGCAACGUGUCAUGGUGUGUGCCUGACGUGGAUCUGAUGUUUGAGUGCAAUGAUUGGCCGCUGGUGGAGAGAGCUGUCCAUGCAGCUGCCGCCCACCCCCCGCCACUGUUGCUCAAGUACUGUAGCACGGCCCGGCACAUGGACGUGGUGUGGCCUGAUUGGUCCUUCUGGGGCUGGGGUCAUCUGGUCAACUGUAGCAGACAGGGGGGAGGGGAAGGAGGGGAAGAUAGCGAAGAGGGUGCUGGCGGAGGCGGUGGUAAGGAAGGGGGGAUGGUGGGGGAGGAUGCGAAAGGUCAGGGGAGUGAGGGGAAGGAGGCAGAGAGGGAUUGGGGAGUGGAUGCGUGGGAUACGAAAUGGGUGCAUGAGAUUGCAGAGGAGACCACGCGAUUGGAGAAUCAGUGCACGCACAGGUGGGUUGAUGGCAGCACAGGUGGGUUGAUGGCAGCACAGGUGGGUUGA